CUUUGACACAAGUAGUACUAUUUAACAGAAAACGGCAGGGGGAAGUUUCAAAAAUGGAGGUCCAGGCUUUUACAUCCCGGAAUUGCACAGAGCUGAACCCCGACAUUAUGAUGUGCCUCAAUGAGUUGGAGAGGAAGCUUGCAAAGUACUUUGAUAGAGUUGAGAUUCGUGGUAAAAGGUCAAGAAUGGUGCCUGUGCUUCUCACACCUGACAUGAUCAUAGCAAUGAACCUCCUCAUGGAAAACAGGAGUAAGUGUCAAGUCCCCACAGAGAAUGUAUACUUAUUUGCACGUCCAGGUGCACUUUCCCAUUACAGAGGCUCUGACUGCCUUCGCAAGUAUGCAAAGCAAUGUGGUGCAAAGGACCCAGAGGCACUCACGUCAACAAGAUUGCGGAAGCAAGUUGCCACUUUAUCCACAGUACUAAAUCUAAAAGAAAAUGAAAUGGAUCAGCUUGCUACCUUUCUUGGACACGAUGUCCGGAUCCACCGAGAGUUCUACCGGCUUCCAGAGAGUACCAUACAGCUGGCAAAAGUCAGUAAACUGUUGAUAGCAAUGGAAAAAGGGAAACUGUCUGACCUGCAGGGGAAAGGACUGGAUGACAUUGACAUACAUCCUGAUGAUAAGGUUGCCACGACUGACGACGAUUCUGAUGAAGAAACCAUUCCUGACCUGCAUCAGCAGAGAGGUUCAAGAAAUGAGACUUCUGGGGACCCAAAGCACCUACCUGACUCAACCACAUUGAGCAACAUGGAGGCCACUUCAGAUUCAGUCAUGUUGGACCACUUGGAAGGCACGUCGACAAAAAGCAUCGUCAGCACUGAACCAACAGAUUCACAGCAGGACACAGCAAUUAUUGUGGGUACAUCUUUGAAAUGCUCCAAUGAAAAGCAAGCUGGGAAGGUGAGAAGCAAGUGGACAGAUGAUGAAGUGAAGGCUGUCGAACGGCAUAUGUUACAUUUCAUAACAAGGUGCAAGGUACCAGGUAAAAGGGACUGUGAUGCCUGCCUUCAGGCAGAACCAGUAGCUCUAAAAGACAGAGACUGGGCUGGAAUAAAAUACUACAUACACAACAGAAUCGUAGCAUUAAAAAGGAGGAUGAAUAAAUAGAACUAUAAACUCCUAAA